AUGGGCACCGUGCUGUCUCUGUCUCCGAGCUACCGUAAGGCGGCGCUGUUCGAGGACGGGCCCGCGACUGUGGGACACUACACGGCCGUCCAGAACAGCAAGAACGCCAAAGACAAGAAUCUGAAACGCCAUUCGCUCAUCAAUGUCCUGCCGUGGAAACGCAUAGUGGCGGUGUCGGCCAAAAAGAAAGGCUCCAAGAAGGUCCAACCCAACGCCACGUACCAAAACAAUGUGACACACCUUAACAACGAGAACCUGAAGAAGUCCCAGUCAUGCGCCAACCUGUCCUCCUUCACUCAGGACCAGAGCACUCCAUCGCUGAACAAAAACUCCAAUAACACAGUGUCGUCAGUGAAAAAGGCUCCUCUCACCAACUCCAAUGUGGCACCAGGGACCCCCAAGAGGGUGAUCGUCCAGGCUUCCACCAGUGAGUUGCUGCGAUGCUUGGGGGAGUUCUUAUGUCGACGCUGCUAUCGGCUCAAACACCUCUCUCCCACUGACCCGGUGCUGUGGCUCCGCAGUGUGGACCGCUCGCUCCUGCUCCAGGGCUGGCAAGACCAAGGCUUUAUCACGCCGGCGAACGUUGUCUUCGUCUACAUGUUGUGCCGCGACGUCGUCUCUUCAGAACUGGCGACCGAACAUGAGCUCCAAGCCGUGCUGCUCACCUGCCUCUACUUAUCCUACUCCUACAUGGGCAAUGAGAUAUCCUACCCGCUCAAGCCCUUCCUGGUAGAGUCGUCCAAGGAGACAUUUUGGGACCGCUGCCUCUCCAUUAUAAACCUGAUGAGUGCCAAGAUGUUGCAGAUCAACUCGGAUCCGCACUACUUCACCCAGGUGUUUGCCGACCUCAAGAACGAGAGCCAGAAGGAGGAGGAGAGAAGCCGUCUGCUCAUCGGCCUGGACCGGAGGGUGAGGGCCAUAGCCUGA